AGCGCUCUGCGCAUGCGCGCUCAUCCUUCUCUCCCUCCUGACCUCCUCCCGGUUUCUACUGCGCCGCAGCCGCUGAUCAACUUCUCCCGUGAAAGCCGCUCAAAAUCCUCCAUACAGAUCCAGGCACACACAUGAGGCAUGGCAGCUCUCUUCGGGAAGAUCCAGAUCGGCAUUUAUGUGGAGAUCAAGCGCAGUGAUGGAAGAAUCCACCAGGCCAUGGUGACAUCACUGAACGAAGACAACGAGUGCGUGACGGUGGAGUGGAUUGAAAACGGAGACACAAAAGGGAAAGAGAUCGAUCUGGAGAGCAUAUUUGCACUAAAUCCAGACAUUGCACCUGAAGAGGAAAUCCCACAAAGUCCUGACACCCCUCCACCACCCGUGUCCAGUGCCAUCAAAAUCAACAAGAUCCCUCAAAACAAGAAUCGUCGAACAGUAGCGCCACCGAAAAAUGAAACGCCUGCAAGGGAUAACCGAGUCACUGUAGGUACGACUCGAGCGCGGCCGAGCCAACAGACCGAACCACCUCCAUCAGCACCCAUCCCGCCUCCAUCCAUCCAACACCAGACCCUACUGCAGCAGAACGCUCGCAGGAAGUCCAACUGCGUGAAGGAAGUGGAGAAACUUCAAGAGAAGCGGGAGAAGAGACGAUUACAGCAGCAGGAGCUGAGAGAGAAAAGAGCACAGGAGGUCGAUGCCAUAACCCCUAAUUAUGAAAUCAUGUGCAUGAUCCGAGACUUCAGAGCGAGUUUGGACUACAGACCGCUGACCACUGCAGAUCUGAUUGAGGACCACAGGAUAUGCGUGUGUGUUCGGACGCGCCCACUGAACAAGAAAGAGCUGACCAUGAAGGAUCUGGACGUCAUCACCAUCCCCAGUAAAGACGUGGUCAUGGUCCACGAGCCCAAGCAGAAAGUGGAUUUAACCAGAUACCUGGAGAACCAGACGUUCCGCUUCGAUUACGCUUUCGACGACACCUCCACAAACGAAAUGGUGUACAGAAAGUGCAUUAAUUCAGAUUUGAGUGGUCCGUUGCAGGUGUUUGACCUUCUGAACAGGAAGGCGAAGCUGCGUGUGCUUGAAGACGGGAAGCAGCAGGUUCAGGUGGUCGGGCUGCAGGAGCAAGACGUCAAAUGCACCGAGGACGUGCUCAAACUCAUCGAGAUGGGCAACAGCUGCAGGACGUCCGGACAGACCUCGGCUAACGCUCACUCGUCCCGCAGUCACGCCGUGUUUCAGAUUAUCCUCCGCAGGAGGGGCAAAAUGCACGGUAAAUUCUCUCUCAUCGACCUGGCGGGGAACGAACGAGGGGCGGACACGUCGAGCGCCGACCGACAGACGAGGCUCGAGGGGGCCGAGAUCAACAAAAGUCUGCUGGCGCUGAAGGAGUGCAUCAGGGCUUUGGGUCGAAACAAACCACACACUCCGUUUCGAGCCAGUAAACUCACGCAGGUCUUGAGAGAUUCCUUCAUCGGAGAAAACUCUAGGACAUGUAUGAUCGCUACAAUCUCUCCUGGAAUGGCAUCAUGUGAAAACACAUUAAACACUCUGAGAUACGCCAACAGAGUGAAGGAGUUUGGGAUCAGUCCCUCCGACAUUCCCUUCUCUCAGGGGGGCGGCGGGCGCUCCGAACUCUCUCCUACCUAUGAGUACGAUGACUUUGCAACCUCACCCAGCAGGGUGAAGGAGCUGAGCAUCGACCCCAGUGCGGUGAUGGAGGGACGGAGCGCCGGACACUCGCUCAGUCAGCUGGACGUGCUGGAGGCGCAGUGGGGAGUGGGCAGCUCUCCUCAGAGAGACGAUCUCAAGCUGCUCUGUGAACAAAACGAAGAGGAAGUGUCCCCGCAGCUCUUCAACUUCCAUGAGGUGGUGUCUCAGCUGGUGGAGAUGGAGGAGCAGGUUCUGGAGGACCACCGCGCCGUGUUUCAGGAGUCCAUACGCUGGCUGGAGGAUGAGAAGGUUCUUCUGGAGAUGACCGAGGAAGUUGAUUAUGAUGUGGAAUCUUUUGCCACUCAGCUUGAGCAAAUCCUGGAUCAGAAGAUUGAUGUGUUGACCGAGCUCAGAGAUAAAGUGAAGUCUUUCCGCUCGGCUCUUCAGGAAGAGGAACAGGCCAGUCAGCAGAUCAACCCCAAACGCCCGCGAGCCCUGUAGCCACACAGCACCAGCAGAACAAUCCCAUCAGCCCUCAUCUCACCAGUGUAUCUACAUGUGUAACCUGUACGUGAUGUGAUGCUUUCUUUCAUCCGACAAAAGCACAUUUUAACUGGAUGGAUGAUUUGAGUUCUUACUAAACUGAAUGAGGAUAGAGUUUAAGGCCAUGAGAGGGCAUACAGUGAGCUAAUGCAUGAACAAACCAGCUCUGCAUCAUCUGACUGGACCGUAUGUGUGUGUGUGUGAGAAUCCUGUAAAUAUGUCAUUGACUCAUUCAUGCUUUUCAGAUGUAUAUAUACUGCUCAUUUACUUCCAUAACAGUUUGCCAGAUAUUGAAAUGUGAUUUAUAGCGUCCCAAUGGAAAAGAGCAGAUACAGUCUAGAAAUAGUCACAAUUAGGGAUGCACUGAUAUAGACAUUUCGACCACUUAUUUUUAUGACUACUAAUUAAGGAAACUUGUUUCCAACACAGGAUGACAAAAUAAAGGUGCUUCAUUGUUUUUGGGAUGAAAAACAUAA